CUCAGACCCCCGCCUUUGGGGCCUCAGCAAACUCACCGCCAUUUUUUCUCUUCCUCAGUCCCGUCUGCCCGUAUCGCUCUCUGCACAAGGAUUUGUGCUGUUGUCUGCUGCGUCUGCUCGUCGUUGUCCUGAUAUCUGUUUGUGUAUUCUCAGAAGUCUCUGUAAUCUACCGUCUCCUCAUCGAAUUGCCGAUCCACACUACUCCCUCUCUCUAAUCCAGCCAGCAACCAUGUCGAACGAUAAGAAAAGUCUUCCCUUUGUCUACCAGUUCCUGUCGGGCGCAAUCGCCGGUGUCUCGGAGAUCCUGGUCAUGUACCCGCUCGACGUCGUCAAGACCCGUGUGCAAUUGCAGGUCGGCACUGGCGGUGCCGGCGGCGAGGCCUACACCGGCAUGAUCGACUGCUUCUCCAAGAUUAUCAAGAACGAGGGUCCCAGCCGGCUUUACCGCGGUAUCACCGCCCCGAUUCUCAUGGAGGCGCCCAAGCGAGCGACCAAGUUCGCCGCCAACGACGAGUGGGGAAAGUUCUACCGCAACCUGUUUGGCAUGGAGAAGAUGAACCAGCAGCUCUCGAUCUUGACCGGUGCCACCGCCGGUGCGACCGAGUCCUUCGUCGUCGUCCCGUUCGAGCUCGUCAAGAUCAGACUGCAGGACCGUACGUCGGGCGGAAAAUACAAGGGCCCGCUUGACUGUGCGAUCCAGAUCGUAAAGAAAGAGGGUGUCCUUUCUAUGUACAACGGUCUCGAGGCUACCCUCUGGCGACACAUCACCUGGAACGCCGGCUACUUUGGCGUUAUCUUCAAGGCCCGCGACCUGAUGCCCAAGGCCGAGACUCCCACGCAGCAGACCAUGAACGACUUGAUUGCCGGAUCGAUCGGUGGUACUGCCGGUACUAUUCUCAACACGCCGUUUGAUGUCGUCAAGAGCAGAAUUCAAAACACCAUCAGAGUCGAGGGCGUCACUCCCAAGUACAACUGGGCCUUUGGCAGUAUCAUCACUGUCGCCAAGGAGGAGGGCUUCGGCGCUCUUUACAAGGGAUUCAUCCCCAAGGUUCUGAGACUCGGACCUGGUGGUGGUAUCUUGCUCGUCGUGUUCACUGCCUGCAUGGACUUCUUCCGAACCAUCCAAUAAUCGACUCUGCCUUCCCAGUGAUGCUGCUGCUUUCAGUGUAGGCAAGGCGAAGACCGCUCUCUCUUUUACAUCCCUCGAUAUGCAUAGAUGCGGUGCUCGCACUUUAGAGUUCGGCAGUCCAGAAGUCUUCCGUUUUUAUUUACUAUUGUUACAUUUCCUCCUUUUUUUGUUCCUGAUUUGGGUU